AGCUUCUCUUUUACAAAGCCAUGAACCCAAACACACCGAGCUGAGGACAAAUCUCACAUAUGUGUGCAGUAAAGUGUAAGGUAGACGGCCAUUUUUUAAAGAAAAACUAAGAAAGAAAGCAAGCAAGAAAGAGGCGGACAUUAAAACAUAAAGAUGGACGACGACGUUACGAAAUUACGGAGUUACGCAACUUUGAACACUUUUUACCACGAAACUCGGCAGGAGAUCGUCAAUUUAAGCAAACAAAUUUCAUCCCGAGACGGAAUUAUAGCUGAAUUAAGAACCAGGUUGGCUAAAUAUGAGAGGACGUGUGUGAUAGUUGAGGGAGAAGAACCGUGUUUGGUUGGACCUUCUAAGUCUCUAGUGGAGAGCUUGUGUAGAGAAAAGUACAAAUUACACCAGAAGCUUAAAGAGGCUGAAGUGGAAUCAGCCCAGAAACUGGAAUCUAGCAAAAGAGAGAUCCAGAGCCUGCAGCAGCAGCUGAGGGAGAAGGAGCAGAUGCUGGAGUGGCCCGAGCACGAGAAGGAUCGCGAAAUCCAGUUUCUGAAAGCUAAGCUGGCAGCACACACACGGGUGCAGGCCACCCAGCAUGUCCUGUGCAACUCUUUGGCUGAUGAGGCAGAGCAGCUCAGGGGUCAGCUGGGAACAACGGUCCGAGUGUGUGAAGAGCUACUGGGGAGGCUGGAGAAGCAGAAGAACCUGCCGGCUACCUCUGAGCAUAAGACCCAGGUCAAUGAGGUGAUGGAGUCUGCCGAGGUCACUCACCUGCAUGACAUUAUCGCCAAGUUACAGGAUGAGAACCAGCAGCUCAAAAACAGAGUGGCAUACGUGGAAAACUUGAACUCAAAGUGGCAGAAGUAUGACCAGAGCAGAGAGGAAUAUGUCAGGGGCUUGUGUCAGAAGCUGAAGGAGGCUGAAGGAGUGACGAUGUACAAGCAGGAGAUCAACCGUCUCAACGGCCUGCUGGAGGAGACGAUGCAGAGGCAGAGCAGAGAGAGGGAUGAUCGCAUGCAGAUGCUGGAACAGCAGGUUCUCGCAUACAUCGAAGACUUUAAAUCGGAGAGAGCAGACAGAGAGCGGGCUCAGAGCAAAAUCCUGGACCUACAGGAAGAAGUGGGGCGUCUACAGCUGCAAAUCCAAUCCCAGAAUUCCAGAGAACCCACUCCACGGAGGACCCUGGCGAACAUAAAGAAAUCAAGCCGUAAGCAGACUGAAACGGUCGGGCCUCUGUUGCGGAACAGCCCUCCGGACUCCAGGCGGCCGAACGCUCAGCUCGCAGCUUCUGAUGCGUGCGAGCUCCAAUGCCCGCGAUGUCUCACCAUGUACGACGAAAAACACACGAACGAAUACAUGAACCACUGGGAGGAGUGCGCCAAACUCUGAUUUCUGCACAUUUCACACUCACACAAGACAAGAUGCACUACAGAAGUGUUGUGGAAGGCAUGUAAAAGGUACAAAUAUGGAGAGAGGAGAGGAAAAAAAAGAAAGCAAAAAUGAAAGAAAAAAAAAAAAAAAACACACACUGGGACAACAAACUUUUUUUGAACAACCUUAAAGCCAAGUUGUACGACCUUCACAUCUGGAUGGGAAUAAAUACUCAGACUGGACUUUUUUUCUUUAUAUAUAUAAAUAUAUAAAUAUAAAUCAGCCAUUUUAGGAAUUUUACUCCUGAACUAGAAUUGAAUCUAGAAAACACUCUAAAAUGGGUCAUUCCUGAUUUAUAGAAGCAUAAGUCUUGGGGUCCACAGAGUUGCACAUCACAGUAUAAUUUUUUAUACUAUUGUGCUGGUGCUCCUUUCUGAUUGGUGGAAAAGGUGCUGAAUAACAUUCUAUAACAGCAGCACUGACCGUCAGACAGAUCACAGCUGUGAUACGUUAUUGUAACGGACGUCGUAAAAAAAAAAAACCUUUUUGAAAGUUGAAGGAGUAUCCAUUGUGUCUCUUUGCAGGGGUCUGAGGUAAAGUUUUCCCACAUGGACAGAAAACAACCAGCUUUGUACUUCUGGUUUAUUAACUGCCAUAGAGAAGCUGGUGAGGGGACGAGACACAGUGUUCCUUGCUGCUGUAACAAAUUAGAUAAGACCUUGACGUUCUAUUACGUUAAACAGAACUAUAAACGGAUAAAAAAUAGUGUUUGUUAAUAAACAGGGUUGCUGUGAUGUAAGAAGAAUUAAUCACUUUGUGUACUGUUAUUGGAAAGGAAUCAAGUUCACCGUCAUGUCAGUAUCAGUAACUUUACCAGUUAUGGAUUAGUUUUUCUAGAACAGCAUGUGGUUUAUUUCUCACACAGGUACUGCCUUUAACUGCAGCUUUGUCUGUCGAUAUUGCUUUAAAAAAAGUG